AUGGCGAUGGAGGUACGGGACAGUUUAGAGAUCACACACACAGGGGAGUACUUGAAUUUCCUGAAGUGUUAUUUUCGGGCGUUCUCCGCGAUUCUGUAUCAUAUAACGAAGCCCCAAUUCGCCGAUAACCCCGAGCACAAGCUCCGGAACAUUGUGGUGGAAAUUCUCAAUCGUCUUCCUCACAGUGAAGUCCUUCGGCCCUUCGUUCAGGAACUCUUGAAGGUUGCAAUGCAUGCACUCACCACCGAUAACGAAGAGAAUGGGUUAAUUUGCAUUAGGAUUAUCUUCGAUUUGCUUAGGAAUUUUAGACCAACCUUGGAAAAUGAAGUUCAGCCCUUUUUGGACUUUGUGUGUAGAAUUUACCAGAACUUUAGGGCCACUGUAACUUAUUUCUUUGAAAGUGGGGCGGUUUCGGCACCAGUUGCGGUUUUGGGUUCUAUGUCAUCGUCGACAUUAAGUUCAUCGGUAGGUGGGGAAGAUGUGAGGCCAAUGGAGUUGUCCGAUCCAAUAUGUCCAAGUGCUGGAUAUGUUGGGCAGCUUAACCCGAGUACCAGGUCGUUCAAGAUUGUUACGGAGAGUCCCUUGGUGGUUAUGUUUCUGUUUCAGUUGUAUGGCCGGCUUGUUCAGAUCAACAUUCCUCAUUUGUUGCCAUUGAUGGUCGCCGCAAUUUCUGUUCCGGGUCCUGAAAAGGUUCCGCCCCAUCUCAAGACUCACUUCAUUGAAUUAAAGGGCGCCCAGGUUAAGCCCCAAUUCGCCGAUAACCCCGAGCACAAGCUCCGGAACAUUGUGGUGGAAAUUCUCAAUCGUCUUCCUCACAGUGAAGUCCUUCGGCCCUUCGUUCAGGAACUCUUGAAGGUUGCAAUGCAUGCACUCACCACCGAUAACGAAGAGAAUGGGUUAAUUUGCAUUAGGAUUAUCUUCGAUUUGCUUAGGAAUUUUAGACCAACCUUGGAAAAUGAAGUUCAGCCCUUUUUGGACUUUGUGUGUAGAAUUUACCAGAACUUUAGGGCCACUGUAACUUAUUUCUUUGAAAGUGGGGCGGUUUCGGCACCAGUUGCGGUUUUGGGUUCUAUGUCAUCGUCGACAUUAAGUUCAUCGGUAGGUGGGGAAGAUGUGAGGCCAAUGGAGUUGUCCGAUCCAAUAUGUCCAAGUGCUGGAUAUGUUGGGCAGCUUAACCCGAGUACCAGGUCGUUCAAGAUUGUUACGGAGAGUCCCUUGGUGGUUAUGUUUCUGUUUCAGUUGUAUGGCCGGCUUGUUCAGAUCAACAUUCCUCAUUUGUUGCCAUUGAUGGUCGCCGCAAUUUCUGUUCCGGGUCCUGAAAAGGUUCCGCCCCAUCUCAAGACUCACUUCAUUGAAUUAAAGGGCGCCCAGGUUAAGCAGUUGCUUUCGGUUGCUCUUGUUGAGCAAUGA